GAUAACUGACUGUUGAUAUAUUGUGGUCUCGUUCUGUCACAUUUUCAGAAUUUUGCUUGCUCUAAAUGGAGAACUGCUCUCUACCUCAGGACGCUUUGUUCCUUGGUUUCGACUGUUCUACUCAGUCACUGAAGGCAACUGUAUUAGAUGCAAACCUCAAAAUAUAUGCUACGGCGGUCGUGAAUUUCGACAGUGAAUUGCCCCAUUACAAAACUAAAGAUGGUGUUUACCGGGAUCUGUUGGUGAAUGGGAGGAUCGUUUCACCCACUUUGAUGUGGGUGGAGGCUUUAGACCUCAUAAUUCAGAGACUUGAAAUGUCGAAAUUGGACUUUGGAAAGAUUAUUGCUGUUUCAGGCAGUGCUCAGCAACACGGUAGUGUUUAUUGGAAGAGAGGGAGUUCAGUGGUGUUAGCAUCAUUGGACUCCAAGAAAGCAUUGGUGGAACAACUUGGUGAUGCAUUUUCGGUCAAAGAAUCGCCUAUUUGGAUGGACUGCAGCACCACGGAGCAGUGCAGAGCCAUUGAGGAAGCUGUAGGAGGUGCAUUAGAGUUGUCAAAGCUUACGGGUUCUUGUGCACAUGAGAGAUAUGCAGGACCACAGAUUCGGAAAGUGUUUGAGACACAACCAGAAGUGUAUAAGAAUACGGAGAGGAUCUCGCUUGUUAGUUCUUUCAUGGCUUCUCUUCUUAUUGGGGGUCAUGCUUGUAUAGAUCAUACUGAUGGGGCGGGUAUGAAUUUGAUGGAUAUUAAGUUAAGAGCUUGGUCGAAGAAAGCUUUAGAGGCCACAGCCCCAGAUUUGGAGGAAAAACUUGGAAAUUUAGCACCGGCGCAUGCUGUUGCUGGUCUCAUUUCCAACUACUAUGUGGAAAGAUAUCACUUCAAGAGUACUUGUCUUGUUGUUGAGUGGUCUGGAGACAACCCCAACAGCUUAGCAGGGUUGACCCUCAAUGCUCCGGGAGAUCUUGCAAUAAGCCUUGGCACCAGCGACACUGUAUUCGGGAUAUCCAAUGACCACAAACCCAGCCUCCAAGGACAUAUAUUUCCUGAUCCUGUGGAUGCAGAAGACUAUAUGGUAAUGUUGGUCUAUAAAAAUGGGUCCCUGACCCGUGAAGAUAUUCGCAAUAGAUGUGCAAAUAAAUCGUGGGAAGUUUUCAAUACAUAUCUGCAGCAAACACCACCUCUAAAUGGCGGAAAGCUAGGGUUUUACUACAAGGAGCACGAAAUUCUUCCACCGCUCCCAGUUGGUGAGCAUCGUUAUGUUCUUGAAAAUUUUGAGAACGACUCUCUCUGUGGACUGAGGGAGCGUACAGUUAAUGAGUUCGAUGCCCCUUCUGAGGUUCGAGCUAUAAUUGAGGGCCAGUUGCUCUCCAUGCGUGCUCACGCGGAGAAAAUUGGAAUGCCUUCUCCUCCAAGGAGAAUAAUUGCAACUGGUGGAGCCUCUUCAAAUAAGUGCAUUCUAAGCUUGAUGGCCUCCAUUUUCGGGUGUAAUAUAUAUACAGUUCAACGACCAGACUCAGCUUCUUUGGGUGCUGCACUCAGGGCUGCUCAUGGUUGGUUGUGCCACGAGAGGGGAGCUUUCGUGCCUAUCGAAUGCAUGUACAUGGACAAAUUGGAGCAAACAUCUCUAAGUUGUAAGCUAGCAGUGCCGGCUGGAGAUCAAGAACUUGUUGCUAAGUACUCAUUAUUGAUGAAAAAAAGAGCAGAAAUUGAGAACGACUUGGUACAGAAACUGGGACGUACCUGAAAAUUGAGGAUGUGAGUAGUGCUGUGACUUGAAAGUGCAGUAGCUGUUGCAGUAAUUCUGAUAGUUCCUCACUACAUGAGUGUUGCCAUUGAGCCACUCUCACAUAAUUGUGUGAAAAUAAGUGGAAUGGGAUAUAUAUUUGCACCUAACGUAAAUAGAAUUGAUUGCAAGAAUGUGUGAGGCAAACCACAUCCAUAUGUUUUUGUCCUCGGUGUUCUUGUGGUAUGCAUUGAGAGGUUGCUUUGAAUUAUCGCGUCAAAUAUACUUCCAUCCACAGUAAUUAAGGGAUUAAAUUCAUUUCAAGGUUUAAAUUAUGGGUAGACCUAUUAGAUUUGAGAUAUCACAACCACUUUCCGUAACACAAACCUCCUCUAAAA